AUGUUGGCUAUACUGUAUUGCGGUUGUCAAACAAAGAGAAAAUACCUAUACUUUUUAUUAAAAAUCUGUUGUAUUUUGUGCUAUUUGUUAGUUUUGCUUUCGAAGAAGUGAGUGUUAAGUAGUGGUGAAUAUUUAUUACAAAAUAAUUCCAUUCGUUGUACGACAAUCGUGACAAUAGACCAGUGUCGUAGAACGUAUAAAGAACCAGACAAACUGGAUUGAACAUAAUGAUGGACUCGGAUUCGUCCGGCGCGGAUUUCUGCCGGUUCUGUCGCUCGGAGGCGACUUCGGACCGGCCCCUGUUUCAUCCAUGCAUCUGUACUGGCUCGAUUAAAUGGAUCCAUCAAGAAUGUUUAGUACAAUGGAUGAGAUACUCGAGGAAGGAGAUUUGCGAGCUGUGUGGCCACCGAUUCUCGUUUAUGCCUAUUUAUUCGCCGGACAUGCCGCGAAGGCUACCAAUACGUGACGUUGUGGGCGGUUUGGUCACGUCCGUGGCCUCGGCUGUGAAGGACUGGCUUCACUACACGCUGGUCGCUCUCGCUUGGCUCGGCAUAGUACCUCUCACUGCCUGUCGAACUUACCGCUGUCUGUUUUCCGGGUCCCUAGACCCUGUAAUCUCGCUGCCAUUUGACAUUGUCUCAGCCGAAAACUUGGCUAAAGAUGUUUUUUCUGGAUGCUUUGUUGUGACUUGUACACUGUUUUCGUUCAUCGGUCUAGUAUGGUUGAGAGAGCAGAUAAUGCAUGGCGGAGGUCCUGAUUGGAUGGAACGUGAGAACUUGCCUGCACCUGCACCGGAAGAGAUUCCUUUACCCGAUAAUAAUAAUGACAGAGUGAAUGAAGGAGGAGUUGACGAUGGAGCUGCAAGAGAGGAGGUUAAUGGUGACGGAGCUGAAGAUCCACUAGUUGGUGAUGAAGCCAACUGGAAUCCAAUGGAAUGGGACCGUGCUGCUGCUGAGGAGUUAACAUGGGCUAGACUCUUGGGCCUGGAUGGCUCAAUGGUGUUCUUGGAGCAUGUGUUUUGGGUUGUAUCUCUAAAUACAUUGUUUAUUGUUGUGUUUGCCUUCUGCCCCUACCACAUUGGAAGACUGGGAGCUGCGUUAGCUGGGUUGACAGCAGAGGGUCCGUUUGCAGGACCCCUGACGGCAUUAGCUGGAUAUGUGAUUGUUGGAGCAAUAUUGGCUGUCUUGCACAGCGUAGCAUCACUUCUACGUUUAAGGAGUGCUAAGAAGGCUCUAGGCUUCUGCUAUGUGGUUGUUAAAGUUGCCCUACUGUCUGUGGUUGAGAUUGGUGUCAUCCCCCUCGUCUGCGGAUGGUGGUUGGAUCUAUGCUCCCUCUCAAUGUUUGACGCGACGCUUAAGGACCGAGAAGCGAGUCUCCAUGCAGCCCCAUGGACACUGAUGUUCAUACAUUGGCUAGUGGGCAUGGUGUAUGUGUACUACUUCGCGUCGUUUAUACUUCUACUCAGAGAAGUUUUGAGGCCCGGUGUGCUGUGGUUCUUGAAGAAUUUGAACGAUCCUGACUUUAGUCCUGUGCAAGAAAUGAUCCAUCUAUCAGUAUGGUCUCACAUUCGUCGACUGGUCGUGUCCGCGAUGAUCUUCGGCACGGCUGUACUGUUCAUGCUGUGGCUCCCGAUCAUUGUGAUCAAACACGUCCUGCCAGGAUUCUUGCCGUACGCAGUCGCAGUGCAUACAGAAGCGCCCGUUAAUGAAUUGAGCUUGGAGUUAUUGCUGCUUCAGUGUCCAUUGUGGCAGGUGAUUCUACCAGCCCUUCUGGAGCAGUCGCAUACAAGAACGUGGCUGAAGGCCGGGGUGAGGGCGUGGUGCCUGUGUGCGGCGGGGGUGCUGGGCCUGCGCUCCUACCUGCUCGGCGAGGCGGCGCGCCACACGGAGCCCAACCCGCCGCCGCACCCACCGCACCAGCUCGGAGCUGCGCAUCAGGCGUUGAUGCGUCGCGACGGGCCGGCCGGGUUCGAGCCGUACGUGCGCGUGUCGUGGUUCCCGGUGCGGCUCGCGGCGCUGCUCGUGCUCGUGUCCGUGUCACUCGUCAUAGCCAGCGCGUUGACUCUGGUAAUACCAGUGGCUAUCGGCAGAAAAGUAAUGGCGUUAUGGUUGCCAAAAGCGUCUGAAGGUGUACACGAAUUGUAUACAGCGGCGUGUGGCAUGUACCUGUGCUGGGCGGGCGGGCGCGGCGCCAUGCUGGCGGCGGGCUGGGCGCGCGGCGGGCGCGCGGCGCUGGCUCGGCGCGCGGCGCUCUGGGCACGCGUCGCCGCGCGCGCCGCACUCGCCGCGCUCGCGCUGCUCGGACUCGUGCCGCUCAUGUUCGGACUGCUGCUGGAGCUGGUCCUGGUGAUACCUCUCCGAGUGCCAUUGGAACAGUCUCCUUUAUUGUUCGUGUGGCAAGACUGGGCGCUCGGUGUGCUGUACACUAAGAUCGUGUGCGCACUCACCAUGAUGGGACCUGAUUGGAGCAUGCGACGAGCUAUUGAGAAGGCGUACAGAGACGGCAUCCGAGAAAUGGAUUUGAAGUUCAUAAUACGUUCGGUGGCGGCGCCGCUGGUGUGCUGGCUGGGGCUGGCGCUGGCGGUGCCGUACGCGCUCGCGCACAGCGUGCUGCCGCUGCUGGUGUCGUCGGCGGCGCAGCGCAACCUGCUCGCGCGCCGCGUGUACCCCGCGCUGCUGCUCAUCGCCAUGCUCGCCGCACUCGCCGUCUUCCAGAUACGUCAAUUCCGCAAACUAUACGAACACAUAAAGAACGACAAGUAUCUAGUGGGCCAGCGGCUGGUCAACUACGACCAUCGGCGGCACAAGCAGCAACAAAGCGCCGUCUCCUCAAAUUGAACGGCGACGUCGCGUGUGACACCUAGUGUUUCGAUCUCAUUCUUGCUUUGUUCAAUAAAUGUAAGACCGGGACAGGUCGACGUAAUUCGGUGGUGGGAUUGGCCAGCCGGUUGGUAACCCUAGCGAACUGGAGCCUGACAACCCUAAUAGCGGACAACCCUGAUUAUUUAGUCACUAACAAUCAGAGAUCGUAAGUGUACACCGGUCUAAGGGAUUUUAGGCGUUUCGGCUCCUCUCCAGCCCACAAAAGAGUUAAAAAAUCGGGGUAACUUGUUUCUAAUGUCAACCAGUGUAUACGUAUUUAGUUCUAAUGGUAUCGUGUCGAACCUGAAAGAGUCGUUACUUCUUUAUCUUUAUUAUUGUUAGUCUUCUUACCAUUAGUUACUAUUGAUUUUAUUCUUACAUGCCCUGUCUAAAUCUCCCUACAUUGAAAACUUGAUUGAAAGUACAAAGUUUUGGAUUUAUUUGCAUAUCAUAUUUAUAGAAAGAAAUCUAUAUAUUUUUACAAUCGAUAUUAAUUUUGUAUCCCGGACUUCACUAGUGCGGUGGUGUGCGGUACAAGUAGAUUCAAAUUAGAAAAUCGAAACCAGUUGUAUAAAAAUCACAAUACAUGUUUGUAGAUUAGCCAAAACUUAACGAUUUGGAGCUUGUAAAAUAGGCCUUUUCAGCAAGUAACUAGAAACUAUAUUAGACUAAAGUAAGUCGCUAGACUCGUAAUUCGUUAUACUCUUGUAGUAAUUAAACUUUUUUCAAGUGUUAAUGUCUACAUUGUAAUAUACCGUAAUUUGUUUUGAGUAUGAAUAUCCAUUUAUUUAAAUGUCCUAAUUAGUAUAUUGUUAGAAAAGCUAUUCGAUAUGUAAUAUUCAUACCUCUGAAGUUUAGUUGAUCAUUACAUUCUAUUAGUAGUAAUAAUUUCUGUAAUCUAGUCUAAAAUAUAGUAUAACCUUCAAAUAUUGAAUUCUUUGGCCUUUAACAUUUUUAAUAAAGCUAUAUAUACAACGUACCUUAGAACAAAGCAUUUUGUAUGUGGAAUAUGUGAAAUAAAAAUAUAAUGGUUGUCACACGCGUCGAGCUUCGUACCGGUGUUUCGAUCGAAAAUAUUAACAUUUUACAUGUGGAGUGAUUACCAAUAAAAGGUAGAUAAAGCCGUGUUGACGAUGGUGCGGACGGAAAUAUAGAUUCCACAAGCCAAAACAAUAAGUUGACGAUAGAAUUUUAAAUAUAAUACAAAAGUUUCAGAUUUUUGGGCAGCUUCGUCACUAAAUAUGAUUUAAAAAGUUCGGAGUCAUAAAAAUAUUUGUGUUUUGUAUUUACAGAACAAUAUUUUAGAAAACGCAUAUCGAUAUUUAUCCAUCUCGCCAUUGUCAAUGCGGUCAAAUAAAUUCGAAACAAAAACCAAAUCGUUAACCAUUAUUAUUUUCUAUAGAAAAAUUAAGAAUUAUACGAAAAGACACUAAAGUGAGAAUCGGAUGUGAAUCGGCAAAUAACAACGCCACGUGUAUUCUGAGUACAUUCGAUAUUUUGGGAUGACAUUCUGUUUAGCAAUAUUAGUGUGGUAGCAUAGAAUGCACGUCCCUACCCUGGCUUGUGUUGGUACAGCAUUGUUUGUUUUGUCUCGACAUAAUCAUCGAUAAUACCACAGCAUCGAAUGAGAAGUUAUCGACAUUCGAAAAUUUGUCCAGAAGUUUGUCGAUAUCACGAUAUAAAAUUUAUAUCAUCACACUAGAUCAUUUUAUUAAGAUUUGAUUUAAUAAGGCAGACAGUUUGGAGAUAUUAUUUUUUUUAUCGUCGAUAAUUUCUAUCGAAUGUUUAAUCGUAAAGAUUUCACGCGUAAUUUAAGAUGGCCCUUGUAAAAUAUUGAUAUUGAAUAAUCACCUUUUAUAUCCUUUUCAAAAAAUUCCAAUACUGUUUUAUAAUUAUUAUUACAAUUCAGUUCUCUAGUGUUGGCGCAUAUAAUUAGGAAAGUAUGUUUGUCAAAGUAAAUGGAUUAUAUUUACAUCGAAAAUUCUAUUUUUGUGAUUUGUAUGGAAAAUGUCUUGAGUUUUUUCGCACCAUUUCAUAUUUUGUCCCAAUUUGGCUUAUUAAUUAUAUUUACGUUUUGUCCCUAUUUCUACAUUAAUGUUGAUUAUAAAAUUUGAAAGUUUUAUUGAGGGCUUCCAACAUGAAGGGAUUGAAUAACAUCGUGAGUGAAUAAUAUUAUAUAUGUAAUAUCGAUACUACUUGGAUGAUAUGCAGUAAUCGAGACGGAAAAAAAGUGUCAAGAUCUAAAAAAAUAUAAUUACAUCUGAGUGAUUGUAACAGUUUAUGGUACAUAUAAAAAUUAUUUAAUUCAUUUGGUUGGUUGGUCUGAGGCGUGUUAAACUUUUAAAUAAUUUCUUAUACGGCAUAGUAUGUAAAUUAGUGGAUUUCUAGAUUUUGGUGUGGAAUUUUCUGUGCAUUUUUUAGUAUCAAUACAAAUAUCGAUAGAUAAAGUAUCGAUUAUUUGAUAUCGAUCAAAUAUACUUUCGAUACAUAUACGGUCGGCCGUAUAUUUGGUCGAUAAAAGGGCUCCAAAGGGUCCAGUGUAAAAAUAAAACAAUUAGAAGUUAAAUGUAAAAAGUAAAUGAGCAUUUUACAUUUCAUCCAUAGUUUCAAGUAGGAUCGAUGUGAACUUAUGACAUUACUUAGCCACUAUUUCUACUAUAAUUCUAUUACAAUAUGGUAAAUAAAUCAACGGAUUACCUUUUAUUUUUACUGUCAUAGCUUAGGUUAAGUAGUUUUAUAUACUAUUUAUUGUACACUGCUCAACAUUGUUUUCUUUUUAUAAUUUCUUAUGUUUUUUCUUCGUUUAUGUCCUAUUUACCUAAAGCCAAAGGCGGAAGGAAAUACGAAUUGCAAACUAAGUUUUACAAUUGUAAACCUUACGCCUUUAAUAAUUAACACCUUUUUAAAACUUAUUUGUCUUGUCUGUUACUUGGCUUUGUAUGAAUUAAUUUUAAUUCGAAAUGUUCAAUAUAAAUUUGCCAACCGUGUCAUUACGUUCAAGUUAGAUGACAUUAGAUGCAGAUUAUAAGCAAUUUGUAAAACAAUAAAUUAUAAUUGCAAUAUU